AUGGCGACUAAAGCAGUAGCACGUGUGAGGAAAAAAGAAGUCGUGAAGGUCAUACAUGGUGCUUUACUAAAAACCAAUAUCAAAGCUCAAAUGGCAUCCGCUGCUCCACCUCUAGGUCCACAACUUGGUCAAAGGGGACUGAAUGUCAUGAAUUUUUGUAAAGAAUUCAACAAGGAGACCGGUCACAUUAAACCAGGAGUUCCCCUCCCUACGCGCAUUUCGAUAAAACCUGAUCGAUCAUACGAUUUGGAGAUUUGUACACCGACGACGUCGUGGCUUUUGAAGCAGGCGGCUGGGAUUGCUAGAGGAAAACAGAAUCCCGGUGAAGUCGCUGGAAAGAUUUCUGUGAAGCAUCUUUAUGAAAUAGCCAAAGUCAAGUCCAGAGACAAGGUUCUACAAGGUGUACCUCUGCAGUUUAUAUGUCAAAAGAUGCUGAAGCAGUGUCGAACGUUAGGUAUUGAAGUUCAGCGAGAAGAUUUGGAUCCUGUGAAGCUGAAGAUAUUCCUUGACGAACGACGUAGAAUUGUUGCGGAACAGUUGAAAGCGUUAGCGGAUAAGAAAGCAGCGAAAAUGUUGAGAACUACUUAG